ACCGGCUCUCCCAAACUCCAAUGCGUCACAUGCGCUGCCGGCAGCCACGGCACCGGCAGCCACGGCAUCGGCAGCCACGGCACCGGCAGCUAUGGAACCACUGGUGCCCGCAAAUGAUUGGCGCUACUACGAUCCAUUGCCACUGGGGGGUGCAAGCCGGAUGAAGCCCCGGGGUCUGCAGGGCGACGCGGCGGCGACGGGGGGCGCGCUGCCGUUUCCACCACCAGAGUGUGGCAGUACACAGCCCCCGGCAUGCUCUACCAGGGCAGUCAAAGACCAACCCUUCCAGGGCCCGAGCCGCAGCAGACAUCUCUCGACGCGCCCCACCAGGGCAGUCAAGCCGCCUUCCCCUUCCACAGCUCAGCCGGAGAGCCGGGAGCCGGCACCAAUGCCAUGGCUUGGCAGGGGGCGACGAUGGUCGGCCUGGGGGAGCCACCCCGACGUGAUGAUGAAAAUAAGAUACCGUACUACACAGUUGUGAUGCCGGAUGACAAGCGAGAGGAGGAGGUAAGCCCGCCAGAAGAACAAGAUGGUGAGGACGAGGAUAGCGAAGACGAAGACGAGGACGAGGAUAAAACUUGCUAGAAGAGUAGUAGUAAGAGAGUUUGGAUCCCCGGGGGGGAGCAAGGAUUUUCCUAGUAUAGUACCUGUGUAAAAUGAGUAAAUUAGUUACGAUUGCCCGUGCUCAGGGUUGCCCUGGCGGCUCUCUUGAGCUUCCUCUUUUAUUGAGUUUCUUUUCCCUACCACACUUCCGUACUCUUUAUUACGGUUGCCUCCGAUCUCCUCCUUACAGAGAGGGCUAGUGAUACGGGAAUGGCC